CAUGCUCAGUUGCUUUCACGGUACAGUAGCUUAGGCGCCUGGCAAUAUGAGCAGCAGACCUAACGAACUCUUGUCAUAAAACCAAAACAAACUUACUAACAAAGCAACCACAACGAAUACCAAAACAUGAAACUAUCCACUUUCACAACGGCCACCUUGGGACUUACUUUCGCCGCCGCAGACAACUCGCAUGAAGUAGCAAGCAGUUACAACACUUUAUUCUACUAUGAUGCAUCUGAGGUCACCAAUUCAUACUUUGUCGGGGACAUUAUGAACAGCACCAGCUUGGCUUUUGGGCAUGCGAUCAAAGCAUUUGAGAUUGACUCAAUCAAUGAGCUUAGUUGGGAGGCUCUAGAGCAAAACAUGACCGACACCUUGGGGAAUAUUGGGAGGGUCGUCGUCAGCUCCCCCGAAAGACACGAUCUUCAUCUUUGCGCCGCAAACAAAGCCACUGUAACGGUUCAUGAAGCCAUUGCUGCUGGCUACGAUUCACUUGAUGGACCAGACAGUCAAGAGCUGGGAUCACUGCUGACCAAUGAUCAACACGAUGCUGCGCACGCAGAUGUUGAUAAAGUGCUGACAUCAUGGAUUUCACGUAGUGACUGCCUGAUCGAUGGUGACAGUGAGUGUGUGUGGGGUGACGAGGACUCUGCCAGCAUCAUGUACCUGCAGCAAGGCUCCUCUGAGUCGGAUUUGACCAUGCAAUUGUACACGUUCUACUUUUCACACACUGAUGCCGCUGACAAGCAAGCCAUGGUGGACGUUUCCCUCAAUAGCGUGGUCGUCACUGGCUGGUCUUUCAAUCAAGAUGUAUACAGCCAAGUUCGAAGCACCGUCUCUGAGAAGAUUGACAUUCCUAGGGUUCAGGAUCAAGUUGUCGCCCCCACGAUUGUCCCAGACAACGGCAACGUCCAGUCUUUCUUCAAGUCUGCGGAGUUUGUGCCUUGCAAAGGAGGUGAGAAUCUGGGAAGUGCAGGUGUGUCCGGGGCGAAUCAGACUCUGGAAGGUUCGGGCGCGUCCGAGGCUCUCGAUCGUUGUGGAGGAACCGUUGCUCUUUCCUUCGUCGCGGCUUCGACGAUUCUUGCGGCUGUCAGUGCCAUGUUGUAGAUAAUCAUGCGGGCGGCGACAUCGGUGGCAACGGAAAUGAUACCAUGCAACUUUAAAAGAUAGAAUUAGAAUAGGUGCAUUAUACUACCAUCCCGG